AUGAGACUGUAAAACAAUCAAUUAUUUAAACAAUCUUAUCCGAUACUAUUAAAUAAAAAGUUAAUUAUUAAGAUUUUAAUUAUUCUAAAGAUUGCUAAACUUAAAUUAUAUAUGUACUAUAUUUUUUUUAAUAAAAAAUAAUUGUGUAAAUUCAGCAUUUUAUAUUUUAUUAAAACCAAUAGUUAGUUUUAAAAGAAAUUAUAAAUAUUCUUAUUUUCCAGGUAAAAUGAGAGAUAUUUUUAGACAAGAAUCAAGAAGAGUUGGCAAGCAUGGCUUUUGAACCAUAAAAUUUUUGCACUUGUAACAUGAAUAACAAAUUAAGAUUGGAGGACAAUUCUAUGAAAUAUUUAGAUUAUUUAGUUUUUACUUUGGAGGACAUUAAUUGCAACUUUUUUGAAUUAUCUGAAUGCUUAAGAACAAUCGAUAUUAUUAAGAGCCCAGGUGAAUUUAUUUAUGCUUUCCUUGUCAUUUCAUCAAACUUCUAAAAUUCAUGAUCGAAAAGAACCUUAUCUCCAUUCACUCUUUCGUAUAAAAAGUAUGCAAUUGGCUGGAAGAGAGACCUGAAAUAAUAGAAAGACCUAAUGUAUCUGUAUCAGAGUCUAAGGAUUGGGAUCAAAUAACUCCUAUUAAUUUAGGCACUUCCUAAAUUAAUUCAUCUAUAAAUAGGAAUGAUUCUUCCUUCUCUUCAGUUGGGAAGUAAAAUGUCUCCUAAAUUCUUGAAGAGAAAUAAUUUAUAGUGAAAUCUGUUCCACUUGAAUAAGAUUAAUAAAAAAUAUCCAGCACAUCAUCUUCAAGAUAAUUAAUUAGAGUUAAAGUUGGUGAAUAUUCUUCUUUUUUUGAAGGUAAGUUGUUAGAAGACAUUGAUAUAUUGAAUGUUACUUAAUAUGAAGAUGAAAAUAAAAGUUAUCUAAUUUUUUCAACAGUUAUGAAAGGUGAUUUACUCUUCGAAAGAGAAUGUGUUAUGAAGUCGAAGCUCUCUUAAUGGUUAAGGAGUCAAAUGGGCUAGUUCUCCAUGGCGUGUUAGACCUAGGCGCAUGAGGGAAUACCUUAAUCUUAAGGAAUUGAGGUGGAAUAACAUCAUAUCCAAGAGGAAUAAUAGCUUAAAGUUCUUCCUAAAAUUAAAAAGAGUGUUAAGGUGAAAAAGGAAUCCAGAAAAUCUGGAAAGAGGAAAGAAUGA